UUCUAUUCUAUCUACAACCAAUUGAAACAGGCAAUUGAUAGCUCUCGGAAAGGUCGCGGACUGCCGCUGUUUUUGAUUUGGAGGUCACGUUACUUCGUGAAGAUGAAUGUUAGGAAUGCUAGACCAACCGAUUUGCUAAACAUGAGAGAUUGCAAUCUAGAUUGCUUGCCGGAAAAUUAUCAAAUGAAGUACUAUUUUUACCAUGGUUUAUCAUGGCCACAAUUAUCUUAUGUAGCAGAAACAGAUAAUGGGGAGAUUGUAGGCUAUGUUUUGGCAAAAAUGGAAGAGGAUCCAGAAGACGUCCCCUAUGGACAUAUUACUUCUUUGGCAGUCAAACGACCAUAUAGGCGAUUAGGAAUUGCUCAAACGCUGAUGAAUCUGGCAUCAAGAGCUAUGGUAGAAAAUUUUCAUGCUAGAUAUGUCUCUCUUCACGUUCGAAAAAGUAAUAGAGCUGCUCUUACUCUGUACAAAAAAACUCUACACUUUGUAGUAUCAGACAUAGAACCUAAGUAUUACGCUGAUGGUGAGGAUGCCUACGCUAUGAAAAGGGACCUUAAGACAUUAUGGGACAAAUAUGGACCUGCAGAUGUUCCUUUCAAAGAAUCAAAAAGCAAAAAUACUCAAUAAAUAUAUCCCAUUAUGUUCUAAUUGUUAGUUCUUAUAAUCUUUUGACUUAUGUGGUUUCACAAAAGCGACUGGUCAUUGGUAGACAAAGCUACUGUUCAUAAAAAUGUUUAUAAGAAUAUGAUUUUUUUUCAAAAACCUCUAACAUGGAAAUUUGACAAGUGGUUGUUUAGUUAUAGAUUAUUGUAAUUGUAAGACCAUAAAUGUACUGCAUGACUUUAAUAGUUUGGCUGUGUGGUGUGAGUUUAUGUAUUAUAUCGCCAACUU